AUGACUCAGGAAACACAAGAGCUACAACAACUGAGCACAAGAGCCACAACAAACGAUUCAGGAAACACAAGAGCCACAACAACUGACUCAGAAACACAAGAGCCACAACAACUGACUCAGGAAACACAAGACACACAACAAACGAUUCAGGAAACACAAGACACAACAACUGACUCCAGAAACACAAGAGCCACAACAACUGACUCAGGAAACACAAGAGAAACACACACAACAACUGACUCAGGAAACACAAGAGACACAACAAACGAUCAGGAAACACAAGAGCAACAACAACUGACUCAGGAAACACAAGAGCCACAACAACUGACUCAGGAAACACAAGAGCCACAACAACCGAUUCAGGAAACACAAGAGCCACAACAACCGAUUCAGGAAACACAAGAGCCACAACAACUGACCCAGGAAACACAAGAGCCACAACAACUAAUUCAGGAAACACAACAACUGACUCAGGAAACACAGGAGCCACAACAACCGAUUCAAGAAACACAACUACUGACUCAGGAAACACAGGAGCCAACAGCUGACUCAGGAAACACCACAACUGACUCAGAAACACAACAACCACAACAACUGACUCAUGAAACACAACAACCACAACAGCUGACACAGGAACACCACAACUGACUCAGAAACACAACAGCCACAACAGCUGACACAGGAAACACAACAACCACAACAGCCAGACUCAGGAAACACCACAACCACAACAGCUGACUCAGGAAACAAAAAGUCACAACAGCCGACUCACGAAACACAACAGCCGACUCAGGAAACACAACAGCUGACUCAUGAAACACAACAGCCGACUCAGGAAACACCACAGUUGGCAGCAGUGGUGCAGACAUCUGGCCGGACGAACGAGGAAAAGAAGACAGUGGGAAGUACAGGGGUAGUGGGAAGUACAGGGGCAGUGGGAAGUACAGGGGCA